CCCCACACCAGCUCUUCGCGAUGAUCCCUCUGACCACCUUAGCCCAGCCACUGCGGCUCUGGCCUCAGCUACCACCUCCCCCACCUCGCACGCAUCCUCUCACAGUCCGUCAUUACCAUCGGUUGCCUCGCUGAGUGGCCCUCCAAUGCCAGGGAGCCCCCCUUCUCUGGAGGCCCCCUCGCCUCCUUCAGCACAGACCCCACCCUCAACCCCUCUGAGGGUUUCUCACUCCCAGUGGACGGUGGGGGUGCGGACGUUUGUGGUCGACUCCCCCAGUUUCAGCGCGAACAUCUCCCCUGCUCCCGCUCGCCCCUCAGGCCUAUCCAGGCACUGCACUCCACACACUCACACCCCUCCUCUCUCCCCCACUACCAGGCCCACCCAGCCAGGAUCUGCUCCCUCCUCUCCCUAUCGGUCCCCUGGUCUGGGUCUCAGACGGUCCACGUGGAGCCCCUCACCUCGAACUCGUCCCGUGCCCAGCAUGACACGCUCAUCCGUCCUUUACACUCCCUCCUCAUCCUCCCCUUACUCCUUCCCUUACUCCCCAUCUUCUUCCCACAGCUAUUCAUCUGCCUAUUACAGCUCCCCUUCUGCUUUUACCCCCUCUAGCUCCUACCUCACCUCUGGCACCUCCACCUCCUACAGCCAUUCCUCCCACUACACGCCCCUCUACCCCAGAUUCUACAGCUCCUACAGGCCCCGGGAAUGACGCUGUACUGCAAGUCUGUCAAAGGCUACUGCACUGAGCUCCCCGUUUCUAACAAACUGCAGCCCCCAUAACACUUCUCUUUUAUCACCUAAGAGGGGGCUCACAGAAAGGAGGACAGACUGGUUUCCUGUGCCUAAGCCGUGGCCAGUGGGUUCUGAAUGUUCAGUGACUUUGCUCAGGGAUUAUAUGGAGCACAAACGUCCCCGCCUUCUUUUAUUCUGAGACUGCUGACUGGUUCACACUUGGAUGGACAUUAACU